CUUAUUUAUGUACACCUCUACACUUACCACCUCCUAACUUUUCGAACUCUGAAAAGGGCAUAAGAAAAGAGGAGAAAGCAGUGUAUACACUUAUCAUUAACAGGACUCUAUGCAAAACUCAAUGACGGAUCUUUUGGAGGGAGGAUCGCUUUCUUUGGUAAAAUCUUGGUUGUCAACCAGUUUCCCAAACGAAAAAACUUUACCAUUACAGAUACCCCUCAUUGCCGAUAUCCUUUUGAAGCAAAAAUGUAUUAAAAAGCUUGGUUCAACUGAAAAUGCUCUUAUGGUUCGUAAAAAUUGGUGCACUAGUCUUACUCGUAUGUUGCAUAACAAAGACUUUCGAGUUCGCUGGUCUGCCAUUAUUUUGAUAGAUUGCACGGUGUCUCAAAGUUGGGAUUGUCUCAUUGAACAUGGUGCUACGUGGGUCAAGUUGUUGAUUCAGUUGUUAAAUCGACCUGAACUCCCUAAAACUUUGGAAAGUGCAAUCAGUACUGUCUCUAGGAUCUUCACUUCUUUGGCGGGUAAGCCAGGAAUCACUCGGGAGCUUGUAACUCCUAAUCUAUCUUCAUUUAUAACCGCUUGUCUUCGAGUAAGCGAAUCUGGUAAAUGCUUGGAAACUGUUUUUGCAUGUUUCUAUCAAAUUUUACUUCAUCACGCCCCUACAUUCCGUCCUUUUUACGCCUCUGUAAAGAAUCUUUGUGUUCAAGUAUUAGAAGAGCACGAAAUCGUCGAUUCACCCCUCAAAAAGAAGGCUGCUGUUUUGUAUGCCUCUUUGUACCGAUGUCUGGGAAAAGGAAAUCUUUCGGACGGUUGGAAAAAGGAAUGUAUAAGUACAAUACAGGAGUACCACGUCGCAUUGAAUUUCCUUUUCCAUUUGGUUAUAGAGGAACAAACGUAUACGGAUGCUGCAAGAGAUGAGGAAUUAAGUUUUCCAAAGAUUAAAGGCCAUUAUGAGGAAUCUUAUCAGAUGGCUUUGCAAAGAUGUAGAAAUUUGCAUUUGAUACUCAUGUCCUUUUUAUCUACGAAAACGGAAAAGCUGGUUUCUAUACCAAUUCGUCACUUAUUAGACCUUAUUCGACGUAUAUACAGUGUCCAGCUAUCUUCCUCAGUGAAAUCUACAAUUGAAAGUUCCGUCCAAGCAUUGUUAUUCAUGGUUUUACCACACUUGCAUACGCUUGCGAAUGAGUUGACCCGAAAAUUGCUUGCUGUUUGCCCUAGCUCAGUUAUGCUGGUCUUAUCACCCAUUUUAGAUUCUAUAAAUGAUUGUCUGCUUUCGGAAGCGACGCAUGAUGGCGUUUUUUGCACGUCUCUUCAACUUCUUUCUGGAAUUUUGGAGAAGAUGCAUGCAAAUAUUCCUCUUCCAAAGUACGAAAAUGUUGUAACUUUGGUCUUAGAACGGAUUUUCGAGUCCCAGAAUCGUGCUUCCAAUGAAGCUGUUGAGAUUACUGCUGACCAAAUGCGCGCUUCUAAGAAACGCAAAACAUUAGCGGGCAGCCAAACAGGUGAUUCUUUGAUCUCGUCAGUCUCUUCUGGUCUUUCUAUGAAUGAUAAAUGUCUAAGCCAUUGCUUUUUCUUUUUGAGUUCUGUUUUAAAAAAUACCAUCAGCCUACCUAGAAUGCUUAGGUCUAAAAUUGAUCGUAUCGUCAUCCAGUUGGCCCUCACGGAAGCAACACCGGAUGUCCUUACUCAUUUACACGAUUUGUUAAUUGCGUCCAUUCUAGCACCUGGUGAUUGCCAAGCAAUAAUUUUACCACAUGCUUUACAAGUUCUUACAGGUCCCUUAGGAUUAAUGCAUGCAUCGCCAAUUGUUUCUUCUCAUGCAGGACAGUACAUAAAGACUUUUGAUGUGUUAUUGCACCCCAGAUUUCCACCUCUUCAGAAACGGCUUCCAGUAUACGAUGAAAGAGAAAGCGCUUUUGAGUCCCGAUUCGAGCCUAUAUCUGCUAUUUCUCGAACUUCUCCAGGUUUACAGCCACUGGGUUCUACCAGCUUCGCUUCCAACAUUGUUGGUGGAAGUGAUGAAGGCAGAAAAGGUGAUUUAGGGACCCAAGAUCUUUUAGAGCACAAAGAGCAGUCUUCUUAUCAAGGGUACUCGGCACAUCUGAAUUCUGAAAGGACCGUUAAUGAGACUUAUAAAGAAUCAAUUGAUAUUGAGUCGGCCGUUUUGAAGAAUAAUGAGCAAAAAGGAAACGAAAACAAACAGAAUGUCUAUGAAUCGAAUCAAACCAUGGAGGAGACUGUCUCAUCUGAUCAAAAUGCAGAAGCUAAACAAACUAUAAAUGCGAUUACUGAUAAUAAAGAAGUAGAUUCAUCAGUCAACGCGCAAGCUAACACUGUUGGAGAAAAACCUGUGAUAAUAACCACGACGAAGCAUUCCACUCAGAAACAAGACCUUUCUGAUGAGAUGAUGGAUGUUGUAAGUAAAGAUGAUUCACCGUCUACUCAUCGUUCCAACACUGUUGACCAAAAAAGUACCGGAGUACAGGAUGCUCAGCAGCAUGAAGAAGUAACAAUCACUUCUGAGGAUAAUGCUUCUAAUGACAAUGGCCUUGCUGAUGAAGACAAUGAAUCUUUGCCAAGCAUCAAUUUGGAUUCAGACAGUGAUUAAAGUGUAGAAGGAUAUCUAUACGGGAAAAAAUUACAUAUGUUUUGGGAUAAUAUUCAAUGGGAUUUUUGUUAAACUAACUGAACUCUAUGAACGAAGUAAAAUAGAAGGCUUUGUUAAGUAAUUGCUUUGAUAAUUUUCAUCACCUCAGACUAAUUUUGUUUAUUAAGAAU